CCCUUGUUAAACCCUCGAUUUGAUAUCGUUGAUUUAUUACUUAACAUAUACACAAGAAGGCACCAAUAUGGCAAUCUUUGAUAUGGCAGACCUGACCACGCUGGAGCUGUACUGGUGCCCUUCCCUCCUUCUUACCUUUGUCACACAGAUCGUUGGUCUAGUUACGCCAUUUUGGUACCAGGUUACAUGGGUUCAGCAGGAGACAAUCCGGACACAGCACGCGGGACUGUUCUCUGUGUUUAAUCAUGCGGACUAUUUUGUUAUAUGUGGAGGGUCGGAUGUUUGUGAGGACUUCGAUCCUAACUCUAGCACAUCAUGGAAUUAUGAUAUCGGAAAGACAUUUUUGAUGGCAGGAAGUGUGUUCCUCUUGUUAGGAUCUGUGGUGUCAGCUCCUGGAUGUUCAAAAACGAUUGGCACACAUUUUCGAAUGUUAGCGAGAAUAUGCAGAUAUGCAGCCUGCCUCACCCUUGCCGGGUGUCUUUGGAUUUUCGUUACAUUUUACUGUGACACGAUCACGUACCAGGCCUACAGAUCGUUUGUGUCGCUCCAGCUCGGCCAUUCUUUCUACUGGACAAUGUUGACCGGCUGCGUGUCACUUGUUUUCACCUGCGUUCUGUACACUUUGACCUCAAUUAAGGACGCACGUGUGACACAAGCUAACUUGCAUGAUGACAUCAUGCAUAAGGAUUGCAUUCCUUAUAUUAUGAAAUCUCAACUUUCAGCAAAAUAAAUAUCCCAUAUUUAUUUCUGACUAUAUCAACACGUACUUGUUUUAGGUUGGAGUGUUUUUGUUAUAAAUGAUUCAAAGUUUUAAACAUAAAAGAAAUAGGAAUUCUUUUAUAUUUUAGCUACUAUUAUUAAUUAUCAAGUGAUACUUUUUAUAAAGAAUUUAAAUGAACAAAUUGAAUGGACGAGUGAAUGAUACAAAAUGGACAGAUGCGUGAUGAAUGGAAUGUAAACAGAUGCCUGGCUGCAUGGUUGAAUCAGUAAUCAUGAUUAGAUGGACAAAUAAACAUAU